CCCGUUUUUAUGUUUCGAAUCCGUCGAGAAGCGUAGAUGGUAACUACAGUUGAAAAUAAAGGUUGUUGCUUGGUUGACUAAACAAUUUUACCCUUCUCCGCCUUCUCUCAGGGCGCCGAUAACUGAUUUUGCCCAGCAACGCGUGCGUUAACGCAGCGUCUCAUCUCUUGAACGACCCAAACCGACCCGAGUCUGUCGCUGAAGAAGCUCUAGGCGUUGAAUAAUGAUGUUGGUGGUGAUGGUGUUGUGGGUUUUGGUCUCUGCGUCGUCGUCGGUAUACUCAAACGAGGAGUACGGAAGGCAGGUGUUAACCGCAGCGAAAGAAGACAAAAACUGGUUGGUUUCAAUCCGUCGGAAACUCCACGAGCACCCGGAACUCUGCUUCCAAGAACACAACACCAGCGCCCUUAUUCGCUCUGAACUCGAAAACCUCGGCAUUUCUUACACGUACCCACUUGCGCGCACUGGUUUUGUCGCUCAGAUUGGCACCGGAUCUCCUCCCGUUGUAGCCCUUCGCGCUGACAUGGAUGCCCUCCCGUUGCAGGAGCUUGUUCAAUGGGAGCAUAAGAGUAAACAUGACGGUCUUAUGCAUGGCUGCGGUCACGAUGCUCACACCACCAUGCUUCUUGGUGCCGCUAAGUUACUUAAUCAAAGAAAGGACAAUCUCAAGGGAACUGUUCGACUGAUAUUCCAGCCUGCCGAAGAAGGAGGUGCGGGUGCAUCAUAUAUGAUAAACGAAGGUGCACUUGGUGGUGCGGAGGCUAUAUUUGGAAUGCAUGUUGAUUUUACGAUUCCCACAGGAACCAUUGCCAGCCUUUCGGGACCAAUGUUGGCUGCCGUAUGCUUCUUUGUGGCUCGUAUAGAAGGUAAAGGUGGUCAUGCUGCUGAACCCCAUAUCAAUGUGGACCCUAUACUUGCUGCGUCGGCUACUGUUUUGGCCUUGCAACAACUCAUCUCCAGAGAACUAGAUCCUCUUCAAAGUCAAGUGCUAUCAGUUACGUAUGUUAAGGGCGGUGAGGCAUUGAAUGUUAUUCCAGCGUAUGUUGAAUUAGGGGGAACACUCAGGAGUUUGACAACCGAAGGCUUGCAACGUCUUCAGCAAAGGGUGAAAGAGGUGGUUGAAGGACAGGCAGCUGUUCAUAGAUGUAAAGCUUCGGUUGACAUGAAAGAAGACGAAUUUCCCCUUUAUCCAGCCACUGUGAAUGACGAAAGGUUAACAAGCCAUGUAGACCGAGUGGGUUCAAUGUUACUUGGUCCGCAUGGAGUGAAGGCGGCUAAGAAGGUGAUGGCCGGUGAGGAUUUUGCGUUCUAUCAGGAAGUCAUCCCUGGAGUUAUGUUUGGAAUCGGAAUACGGAAUGAAGUUGUCGGCUCAAUUCACUCCCCACACUCGCCUUAUUUCUUUCUUGAUGAAGAUGUUCUUCCCAUUGGAGCUGCGUUACAUACGAGCAUUGCGGAGUUGUAUCUCAUGGAACAUCAGCCUCCUCCACUUGUGAAAUAAAAGUAGGAGAAUGUAAAUUAUAGUAAAAGGUUUAAAUACAAAGGGUUGUUAAUGUACAAAGUAUUUAUUAUUAACCAUUUGUUUUAAAGAAUUUUAACUCAUUUAAGAUCUUUCAAAAUUCAUGAUA